AUGAGGGCCACUCCGUUGCUCAUCUCAUGGCACAAUGACAACGCCCCCAUCUACUCGGUUCAUUUUGACCCCAAUGGCAAAGGCAGGCUAGCUACCGCCGGAAAUGACAACAACGUCCGACUCUGGAAAGUCGAGUCGACCGGAGAAGAACGGAAGGUCACAUAUCUAAGCACUCUGAUUAAACAUACGCAAGCCGUCAAUGUGGUGCGAUUCAGCCCGAAAGGUAUGUCCCUCUGCACAAUCACACAAAAUCCAGGUCUGACGAAUGCAGGUGAGAUGCUGGCGUCUGCCGGAGAUGAUGGGAAUGUCUUGCUUUGGGUGCCCUCGGAGCUGCAGACACAAGCUGGACUGGGCGAAGACCGCUCGGACGACAAAGAGACAUGGCGAGUCAAGCACAUGUGUCGUUCGUCCGGCGCUGAGAUCUACGACUUAGCCUGGUCCCCAGAUGGUGUUUUCAUAAUCACCGGGAGUAUGGACAACAUUGCUCGGAUCUACAAUGCCCAAACUGGACAAAUGGUGCGACAAAUUGCAGAGCAUUCUCAUUACGUUCAAGGCGUGGCAUGGGACCCUUUGAAUGAGUUCGUCGCCACUCAGUCGUCUGAUCGCUCUGUUCAUAUUUACACCUUGAAAAACAAGGACGGCCAAUUCACAUUGACACCACACGGAAAGGUGAUGAAAAUGGACCUUCCCGCAAAACGUGUCUCUAGUAGUCCUGCACCGCCGGACGUGACUAGUCGUCCUCAACAGGGCAACACCAGUGCUUUCGCGAUUGCCUCACCUGCUCCCUCAACUCCGGGCACUCCAAUGGCCUCUAAUUUACCCAUGGACCCUCCCCCUGUCUCACAUAGCCGACGCUCUUCGUUCGGCUCGUCGCCCUCAAUUCGGCGCUCCGCAUCGCCUGCUCCCUCUCUACCGUUACCCGCUGUCAAACCAUUGGAAGUCUCCUCACCAAGUCUCGGUGGUCUGGGUGUCAAGAAUGCGAACAUUUAUGCCAACGAGACAUUUACCUCAUUCUUCCGGCGACUGACAUUUUCCCCGGAUGGAAGUCUGUUGUUCACCCCCGCCGGUCAAUACAAGACCACUCAGGUCUCAGCCACGGAUACUACAAAAACCACAGACGAGAUUAUCAACACGGUCUACGUCUACACACGAGCGGGCUUCAACAAACCCCCAAUCUCGCAUCUUCCAGGGCACAAGAAGCCAUCAGUGGCCGUCAAAUGCUCCCCUGUAUUCUACAAACUUAAACAAAAUGAUCAACCCGCCAAGAAUAUCACACUCGAUACCUCCUCGGGCGAAGAGAUGUUCCCUUCUCUUCCAGACCCUGUGGUGUCAGCAACCCAUUCGUUCACCAGUCAACCCCAGAUGGUACCUCCAUCCACCACGUCGGCCGAGGCCUCAAAAUCACAGGGGUCCCCUAAGACUGCUGACAACAGCAGUGAGGCAGGCCAAAGCCCAGCACCUGUGUUUGCCCUUCCAUAUCGGGUUGUAUACGCAGUAGCUACACAAGAUGCUGUUUUGGUAUAUGACACGCAACAGCAAACUCCACUAUGUGUGGUGAGCAACCUACACUUUGCGACAUUCACUGAUCUGACCUGGUCUGUUGAUGGAUUGACAUUGCUCAUGAGUUCCUCUGAUGGGUUUUGUUCUACUCUCUCCUUCGCUCCUGGGGAAUUGGGCCAGCCACAUGCCGGCCCCACCUCCGUGGGCCAAACUGCUGCAAAUGCCAACACCUCUUCUCCAAAUGUCGUAUCCUUGCCAGCUUCGACCCAUGUUCCAUCCCCAAUCAAGACGAACCCUGCGUCCACAGCUCCCACCGGCCCGGUGCCGCCAGCAAGUCCUGCGCGUUCCAACUCCACCUGCUCAGUAGCAACACAACCUCCCGCGCAGCAGACCCCCGCCAAUGUCGUCAACAAUCCCACCCCUACACUUGGAACUGUCCCUUCGGUAACAGCGGCACACUCCGCGCAGCCGGCAACACUUCCCCUUCCCCUCACAACCCCGCCCCAAACGCCAGUUUCCAGCACCCCUCAGGCUUCCACGACCUCUGGCAGUGUAUUGGGGAAGCGUGCCGAGAUUGAAAAUGAGGGACAUAAGGAUGCAACACCGAACGCGGCUCAAAAUCCGAAGAAACGCCGUGUUGCGCCAACUCUCAUUUCAUCUAGCACUAAUCCCCCACCCGAGAACACUAAGCCUUGA